AUGGUUCACUUAAGUAGAGUCGUCUUCAGAAAGGUAUGUAAUGCGAAAAAGGAUUAACCACCUGUGAAUGCGCUCAUAAAUGACACCGAACUGGGCAAAAUUGUGCUGACAUUGACGAGCAAGCUAACUGUAAACUAGCAUUGGCACUCCAAUACAUUGAGCCAUAAUCUGUUUUUUUUUUUGUUUGUUUAAAUCCCAUGGUUCAGUUUUGAGACUAUGUUCAUGUAACGUGUCAGUGAGACAGAUUAACUGUGUGUGGGUUUUUUUUUGUUACUUAUUAUUACUGUAUCAAAAUGUCAUGACUGUAAUAUCUGUUCUGCAGUAUGCAAACUUCGUGGAUAACCUCCGUCUGUACGUCCGUGGGGGCAGCGGGGGCAUGGGUCUACCCCGUCUUGGUGGGCAAGGAGGAGAUGGAGGAGAUGUUUGGGUUGUGGCUACAAAGAAUUUGACCUUGAAGAGGAUAAAGGACAAGUACCCUGUGAAACGGUUUAAAGCUGGAACUGGAGGCAACAGUAGGUGUGUUUGCACAAUCACUCACAUUUGGGGAGUUGAUGUUUCACAGAGACACAGAAACAUGUUGUCUGAUAAAUUCUCAAACCUGUUUUUCAGAGGUAUUUGGUGAGUUACCUGUGUGUGAAGAAACUGUGUGUGAAUCUCAUUUAUCUGCAGUGUCCGAGCACUAAAAGGAGAGAGGGGACAGGACAAGGAAAUCUAUGCCCCUGUUGGUAUCACAGUCACCGCAGAUGAUGGCAAAAUAAUUGGUUUGUAAAAGUUAUUUUCUUAUUCUGUAGCCCCACUUUCAUUCUUAACACUAUUUUGCUGUUUAUACUACUGCAAAUUAAAGGUGGGGUAGGCAGGAAUCUGUUAAAGAAGCAUCUUUUUUUGUGGUGUAUACACAAAGAAGCUUUAAAUAUCAGUCAGUAGCUAUAAGUUAUUGAUGACAUUUGGUAAUAUAACGACAUCACUGUGUUUUUUAUGUCUGUGUAGUCAACAUUUUAAAUUUUCUGAGCGGCUCGCUCUUUCUGACUGUAAACAAAGCCAUUCUCGCACACCGACCUGAUUGGUUAUGAGGCAGACGCUGCUCCCCCGAGUCGUUACGAGCCAAAAAAGAGUUAACGUGCUACAAUAUCAGACAGUAGAAACCAACAAGGAAGUAUGGAAAAUUUUCUGAAUCCUCCUUUGACCACGACUGCCGAUACAAGCAAGAAAGCGAAGUAAAUACCGGAGACUCUGGUGGAAUGACAGGCACCGGGCAAGAGCUAAAAAGCCGGGUCAACAUAGCAUAAACAAUGGGGGACGCUUCUGGAUGUUACGGACCCUGUGACCUUUAUGCUGCACAGGUAAACCCCUUUAACAAAGUAAGCCAAGUGUCUGUAACAGAAGUGUUUCUUGUCAAACGGGACCUGCACUACAUGUUGUAGUGCAGCUAAACUGUUUACCUCGGGUCCUGGAUUAUGUCACUUUAUUCUGGUUGGUUGUGAGGCUGAUUGUAAAAGUCCUGCAAACAUUGUGUUUGCUGGUAGUCUCUUGGCAUCUACAGUAGCACCAAUGCUGUUUACUGUAAUUAUUGUAUUAUCUGAAGUAUUUAUCUGCAUUAUAUCUGAAUUUAAUUGAAAUGAUACGAGUGAGCGGGAGCGUCUGUUUGUGGGCAGAGAGGGAGGGGAGAGGAGGAGCUGAGGGGAAAACUGGUUUGGAGGGGUAGAGUUUAAAUUCAAAAUUUCUCCCAAGAACUGGCACUUCCUCACAUCCUGCCUACCUCACCUUUAAUGGGGAAAGCUCUAAAUCUUUUGGCUUCAUGGUCACUGAGCACUUGUUGCGUCAUUGUUGAUACAUAGUUGAUGCAUUAAACAAAAGGAUUUGUAAUUACAAAGAAAUUGAAACAUUAUUGUUGUCUUCAAACACCCUCUCUCAAAGGUGAGCUGAAUGCAGAGGGGGAUCGUGUAAGAGUUGCAAGGGGAGGACAUGGAGGCAGCUUCCAUUCUGCAUUUGAGCCCACUAAAGGGAAGGCCAAACACAUAAGGCUGGACCUCAAAUUAAUUGCAGACCUGGGCCUUGUAGGGUGAGAGCAGAAACACACACAAAGUCGUUCAUUUUAACAGCGAUUCAAACCUGCACAUCUAUUUCUCAUAAUAUCAGAUUUUCCUUGUUGUGAUUCACUCUCAGGUUCCCAAACGCAGGAAAGUCAUCUCUUCUGACAGCCAUGUCGAAUGCCACACCUCAGAUUGCCAGCUAUGCCUGUGAGUAAACAACACUAUACAACAGUGCUCAGGAGCUGCUUACUUGUUUUUUGCAACCAUUCUCAAAUCUUUGAUUUUUCACAGUCACAACUUUGAAGCCUGAAAUCGGUAAACUGAUGUAUAAAGAUUACAAGCAGGUGAGAGAUUGAAUACUUCACUUAAAAUGUCCAUAAAGAGCUCGUUUAGUUUGCUUUCUUGUCACUGAGAGGUCCUCUGCUCAUGUUUGAAAUUGUGAUAGAUUUCUGUUGCUGAUCUACCCGGCCUGAUUGAAGGAGCUCACAUAAACAAAGGCAUGGGCCACAAGUUCCUGAAACACGUGGAGAGGACCAAGCAGCUACUUUUUGUGGUACGCCUACAAGAGGAUUUGUGCAUUUUUGUAUAUUUAUUGACAAGUAUGAUUGACUUUUGUCAGAAAAGCAGCUGAGAGGUUCGAUGACGAUGAUGGAGUUUAAUUUUUGUUUUACUCCAUGUGGCUGCAGGUCGAUGUUUCUGGUUUCCAGUUGGCCAGUAAAACAGCUUUUCGAACGGCCUUUGAAACUGUUCAACUUCUCACCAAGGUCAGACUGAAAACUUUAAGACUGUUAAAAACUUUUUAUUGUUUCAAGAAAAAUGUUAAAUAUUGUACCCAAAGCCCAAUAUUCUCAGCAUAUUUCUUACACACUUGAAUCCUUGAAUUACCCGCCCCCUACAGAUUUUUUAUGAACCUACUCCAUCUUCUUAUUCUUCCUCCUCUUCCUCCCACUCUUUUUUUCUCUGUCAAGGAGUUGGAGUUGUACAAAGAGGAGCUGGUAUCGAAGCCUGCUUUGUUGGUGGUGAAUAAGAUGGACCUGCCAGACGCUGAGGAGAAUUUAGAAGAAUUGAAGGAGCAGUUACAAAACCCAGAAGGUAAAUUUAUUUGAUGUUAUUCUUAAUUUUCAUACUCAUUCACUUAGCAUUUGAGUAUCAGUCACUCUAACUUUAGUUGCACAAUGCGCUGCAACUUGAGGUGAAGAACACAUUAAGACAAGCAAACAAAUUUUAAAAUUUGAGACCAAAAACUGCAAAGUCAGAGAACAAAAUUAAAUACAGUAACAAAAAAUACAGACUGCCACAGAGCUGCAGGUCAGAUUUCAGGGCCUCUGAUCUGGUAAAUAGUCCAAGUAACAACACACAUAUGACUUUAGAUGUUGUUGUCUGAUGAGAAACAAAAGGAAAAAUCACACCUAUUUUCAUUGCUUGCAGCAUGUUGACAGGACUUUGAUCCACACUGAUCUUUUAUUUCUUCAUACUCUUGAUGGGGAUUUUGUUCUUUUCUCCCUCCUGCAGAGUUUUCUGAUCUGUUGCCAGAUGACAUGAAACCAAAGAACUUUCUGUGCUUCAGACACGUGGUUCCUGUCUCUGCCCUCACUGGCUUUGGUGUUGAACAUUUAAAAAGUUGCAUCAGAGAGUCACUGGAUGAAAGUGAAGAAACAGCUUCAAAAGCCCUCCAUGAAGAAAGACUGCAGGCACUGAGGUACCCCUCCGACAACCGUUUGUGA